UGUGUGUGUAUGUCAAAUUGUUUGCCAACCGGAGUUUACAGUUUAUAAAUAAGUCGAUGAUUCUUGAAAAACAGAUCCGAGGAUGGGAAUUUAAUUUACAAGCGCAGCUCGGGAGGGCCGGUUGUGAUUGAGAUAUAAAAACGAACGCGACAAGUCCGAUAGAAUGAAAUUCGCGGAACACUUGGCCGCUCAUAUCACUCCGGAAUGGAGAAAACAGUACAUUAAUUACGAGGAAAUGAAAGCCUUGCUGUACGCUGCGGUCGAACAAGCUCCAGCGGCAGAAGCGAUCGAACCGCAUGUUUUGGAAAGGUAUUUCAGUAAAUUUGACGAAACUUUCUUCCAUUAUUGUGACAAGGAGUUGGCAAAAAUCAACACGUUCUAUUCAGAAAAGUUGGCAGAGGCGAUGCGUAGAUACGCAACCCUUACAAGUGAGCUGAGCGGAGUUCAAACCAUCGCCGAUGAAGUGAAAUCCGGCGGCUAUAAAGGCAAUAGUGGACGCAUACUUCACAAGAAGCCAGUAUCUGCGCGUAAGAUUCAGGAAUUGAAACUUGCCUUUUCCGAGUUUUAUCUGUCGCUGAUACUGCUUCAAAAUUAUCAAAAUCUCAACUUCACCGGGUUCAGAAAAAUCUUGAAGAAACAUGACAAAUUGUUAAACGUUGAAGUAGGAUCGAAAUGGAGGGCAGAGCACGUGGAGGGCGCGUUAUUUCAUAUUCACAAGGAUAUCGACAGACUGAUUGGAGAAACGGAGGCAGUAUUCACCCGCGAUCUAGAGCACGGUGAUCGUCAACGAGCAAUGAAACGUCUACGUGUCCCGCCCUUGGGAGAGCAACUCUCGCCCUGGCUAGCGUUCAAAGUCGGCCUCUUUUCCGGGGCCUUCGUAGUCCUACUCGUCGCCGUUGUGCUUUCCGGGGCCUAUAACAACGACAGAAGUGACUGGAGGGUAUUGUGUAGGCUCUACCGUGGUCCGCUUUUGAUGGUACAAUUCUUUUUUCUCAUGGGAAUAAAUAUUUACGGUUGGAGGUCCUCAGGCGUUAAUCACGUAUUAAUCUUCGAAUUGGACCCACGAAACCACUUGUCGGAACAGCACAUCAUUGAAAUGGCGAGUAUUUUUGGAAUCGUUUGGACUUUAUCGGUGCUCGGGUUUUUGUACAGCGACAAUUUAGGAGUUUCCCCAUUUAUACAGCCGGUUCUGCUGUAUGCAGGCUUAACGGCAUUCCUUUUGAACCCGACUAAAACCCUGCGACAUGAGGCCAGAUUUUGGGCAUUGCGAGUCAUGGGGCGAAUUUUUUGUGCGCCAUUCUUUUACGUGGGAUUCGCCGAUUUUUGGCUUGCCGAUCAGCUCAACUCCCUUCACACUGUCUUUCUGGACUUGCAAUACUUUGUCUGUUUCUAUACGAAGAACUCGUCAUGGACAAGAGUUGUGGAUGCGGAAGUCUGUAUAAUACACGAGCACUCGAUGAGGCCUUUCGUAGCCUGCCUACCGGCAUGGUUCCGAUUCGCUCAGUGCCUAAGAAGGUACUGGGACACGAAAGAAGUUUUCCCUCACCUGGCAAACGCAUCGAAAUACGCAACGAGCUUUUUCGUCGUCAUCUUCUCAUAUCUUCAUCUCGCCUACGCUAAUCGUUACCAAACAACGACGCAAAACCCGUAUUUCUACCUCUGGGUUGUCGCGAGCGUCGUCAGUUCCUGCUUCGCCUAUACUUGGGAUGUUAAAUUAGACUGGGGCCUAUUCGAAGUGCGAAAUGGGGAGAACAAGUUUCUUCGCGAAGAGAUGGUUUACUCCUCGCCGUAUUACUACUACUUCGCGAUCGUUGAAGAUUUCAUCCUCCGAUUUGGUUGGGCAUUUUCAUUAUCUCUCACCGAAAUGGGCUACGUGCAUGCCGAUCUGAUGGUGUCCAUCGUUGCACCCUUAGAAGUAUUCAGGCGGUUCGUUUGGAACUUUUUCCGCUUGGAGAACGAGCAUUUGAAUAACUGCGGUAAGUUUCGAGCAGUCAGAGAUAUAUCGAUCGCACCGAUGGACCGUUGCGAUCACACGCAAAUAUUGCGAAUGAUGGAUGCUACGGACGGGGUGCGGAAUCGUCGGAAUCAAACGAAAAACGACGGACUGAAAUCUAAGCCGAGCACUUUAAUGCUCGAUGGAUGAGAAUCGACGCCGAA